AUGUUGAUAAUGAAUGCAUCAGUGGACAUUAUGUACAGUUCUUGCAAUUUGAUUGCUAUGCCGGUAAUUUUUUCUUUUCUUGCCUUAUUCUGCUCUUGACCUGCCUUUGCUUUGCUUUUGCUUUGUCUUGCCUGUCUUCUAAAGUUUUAACUUAUUUUAGAUGUUUUUCAUCUGGGACAGUCAAUUCAUCUUAGCAGCUGCCAAUCCUCUAUUACGCGAUUACCAACUGGCAGCAUAUAUAGUAACAGCCAGUCAAGGUUUUCUCAUUUAUGUAUCAGUAGUUCUAAUACCACUACAAUUCUUAUACCGCUACAGUGUGAUAAGCCAACAUCCACUUGACAGUACUCAGCUAUUCAAAGCUUUUCUACUAGCCAAUGUUUACCCUUUCUUGCACGGCGUUCUUUGUUUCUACACUUUUCAGACGCCUAGUGAUAAAAUUAAUGCUAUAUUCAAGCUAGACCCGGCUGUUCAAACCUUGGAACAUCUACCUCCUUAUAUGGUCGGAGACUGUUCUGGUGCAGAUCCCUUGAUGAAACUUCAUAUGGCAAAUUGCAUUGUAAUGACAAUCAUUAGCUACAUUUUUAUUGUUGUUAUAUAUAGAAAGACAAAAUUAAUGUUCGUGAAAAUGGAGUCAAAGAUGAGUGCUAAUACGAAGAGAACGCAAAAGCAAAUGGAAAGAGUUAUUUUCAUACAGGUAAGAAUACAUUUUGAUACUACAAACUGUCAUAGCCGAUUAAAGUGUUGUAAGGCUAUUAGCUCUGCAUUGCUUUUGCAGUGCCUUUACCCGGCUUUUGGCUUACCUUUGGCCUGCUUUUAGCCUGCCUUUUCUUUUAUUUAUUAUAAAAACAGUUUACUUUUAGGCCCUCUUUCCAGUUGUAGUAUUAUUCAUCCCCGGUACUAUUCUACCAGUGGCUGCACUUUUAAAAAUCAAUUUUGAAUGGACAGGAGAAAUUAUUGCCAUUAUGCAUACUACGCCUUUAUUCAACUCACUGUCAGUACUAAUACUAGUCCCAACAUAUCGUAAUAUUUUGUUGAGCUGGCUUUUUUCACGUCAUUCUGGAUCUUCAUCAGCUACUGUACAUACAACUUCAAACCCUAAGCUUCAAACGAAUGUAAUGUUGGGCGAUACUGACGUUACCGAACAUGAAGAUUUCUUUUAA